CAAUUAUCAAGUUUUUUAUUUAUACUAGUUGUUUAUCAGCUAUUCUGUGUUACCAAUGGGCAAUGAUCAUAGGGCAUAGAUACGCCAUACGCGUUUUCCUAAAUUACAUUUUUGAAUUUUCUUUUGUAAAUUGCGCUAUUUUUAUAAUUACUUUUCUACAUAAUAUUUUCGUUUUUGAACAUUUUGUCGACUCAUUAUUGCACUAUGAUGUAUAAUAAUAUGCUGAUUAUUGUUUAUUUAUUCUAAUACAAUUUCUGUUUUUCCUAGUUAAAGUCUUGCAACUUUUGACUUGUAAUUAUUUAAAAUGUCACCAAGGGCAGCUAAAAGCAAAACUCGCCAAACACCUAAUCCAUUGUUUGAAAAAUGGAUUUCUGAAUGGUUAAAAGAAGCUACUGAAAAAGGUCUGGAAGUCCGUCAUGGUUAUCAACGGGCAUUGAGUUCAUUGCGAAAAUGUCCAUUGCCAUUUAAAAGCGGAAAAGAAUGUUUAAUUCUAAAAUUUUUUGGUCCAAAAUUAUGUGCCAGAUUAGACAAGCAGCUUGAACAACAUAAUAAAAUAUCCUCAGGUUCAGAUGAAGGUAUUAUGGCUGACAUUUCUAAAAAUACAAAACUUGUCAAUGUCUUACAACCCUCAACAAGUAAUCAAAGUCAGAAUUCAAUGAUAUCUCUGACUCACGAUGAUUUGCCUAAAAGCAAUCCUGCCAUUACAGAGAAGGAAAAGAUUGUUUUGUGGCCAAAUGAAUUUACUGUUAUGUUGCUCAUUGAUACAGGCGAAUCAAGUAGUUUACGAAAAACCAACGUGGACAAAGUAAUUUCAGAAUUGUCAUCUUUAAAUGUGACUUUUGAAAUGAGACGAUUGAGUGUCGGAGAUUUUGCCUGGAUUUGUCGUGACAGAAGUGGAAAAGAACUCAUGCUACCCUAUAUACUAGAACGAAAACGAUUAGAUGAUCUAUCAGGUAGCAUUCAAGAUGGCCGUUUUCACGAACAGAAAUUUAGAUUAAAACAAUGUGGACUUGAAAACAAAAUCUAUCUAGUUGAGAAUGAAAAAAAAUAUCAUGGAUUACCAAUAUCUCAUUUACAACAAGCAUUGGCAAACACGGAGGUCAUAGAUGGAUUUACAAUUGUAAGAACUGAAAAUCAUUUGGAAUCUAUGAAAUAUAUUGCCAACUUUUCUAAUAUACUUACAAAUAUGUUCAAGGACAAAACGCUUACAACUCAUAUUGAUGAAGUAGAUUCGGGUUAUGGAAACUCCUCAAAUGUAGUAAAACUCAUAUCUUUUAAAACUUUUUCCUCAGGUUCUGCAAAAAACAAGAACAUGACUGUACGAGAUAUGCUGAUUCGGCAAUUGCUUCAGAUCCGAGGAUUGUCUGUUCAUAAAGCAUUUGCAAUUGUUGAGCAAUACCCUAGUCCAAAAUUACUUGUUAACGCAUUUAGAAGAUCAGAUAAUCCAUUAUUAUUGGCAAAUAUAUCCUAUGGUAUACCAAUCAAAACUGUUGGGCCAGCCAUCAGCAAGACAUUAUUUCAAAUAUACUCUGCAAAAUAAUGAUAACCGUGUGUAAAUUAAUUUAUAAAUAUAAAGCUAAAUAAUGAUAAUAUUAGGUAUUGUGAAAAUGAAUUAUA